AUGCAAACAGCGACGCAUAAAAGGCCAGAUUCCCCCUUUCGAUAUCAGUACGGCUCGGCAGAACAGCGCACCCAGCUUCUUCAAGCCUUGGACGCGAUUCCCGUUGACGAAAAUGGUGGCAAUGCUUUUGCCAACUGCUUCAAAUGGAACGACGCGGCCUGGCUUGAGGAAGCCAUCGACCCUGUGGCAACAGUGGUUCCACUUACUCCGUCCGAGCGCCUCGCGGCAAUGCUGAUCACAGCGCUUGAAAGGCCCUCCGGGUUCGGUGGCCGUCUGCAGCAGAUGGGCUUCGUAUUCGGCAAACUUCCACAGCGUCUGGGUCGGAGCCGGGCACUUGACGCUGCAGUCAACUGUUUCUUGUACUCUUUUACUGCCGUCUCUACGGGUCAGUCGCGCAACCAGUCCCUGGAGCUGGCCCGCUACUGUACGGCCAUCUCUGCGCUUCGACAAGAGCUGGCCCCGUACGACGGCGAUGGUUUACUCUCCACGCCGUCCGAAACACUCUGUGCGUCGCUGCUCCUCGCGCAGUACGAGAUCCUCAAGCCUGGCCCGGCUUACUCGUUCGUUACGCUCUCGGGCGGCGUCUGUGCGAUCCUCAGGGGCUGUGGCCCCAGCCGCGCGCAGGCGUCGGAGUUUGAAGCCGCAAUCUUUAUGACGCAGUAUCCCACCAUCAUCACGCAGUGCAUGCUGCGCGGCGAGGAGUGCUUUCUCUCUGGCUUGGAGUGGGCCAACGCGAUGCGCAGGACUGGCGGUGCAGACUCCGAGAGCCCUCUCACGGCGGAGCUAUGGACGGUCCUUGCCAAGCUGCCUGGAUUACUGGUGCGUGCUAAAGGCUUAGACCCAGUUUCACCGUCCUCGGCCUCAUCGUCUCUAUAUGCAGAGCUGCUAUCCCAAAUAUACAAGGUCCGCGCCUCGAUCGUCAUUCAGUCCGAGACUGUCACGCGCAACCUCUCCACACCGGGCGUCUAUGCCACCUACCCUCGGGCCUACAGGGGUACGUACCCUGCUUCAAGCUUCCACCCGGGGAACAAGCUCGAAUCGCUGCAGCCGGCGCGGUACAUCAAACAAGCCACGUUCUAUCACGGCUGCGUCAUCCUGAUCAAUACCGUGCUCCAAAACUUCCUCUCAACUCCCAACCCCGCCCUCGCCCUGCAAACCGCGCAGUCGGCAACAUACAUCCUGGAGACGCUCGACUUCGCGGCGUCGACCAAGCCCUUUGGUUCGUUCUACAUGACCUUCGUGGGGCCACUGUGCUACGGCGUGCUCGCCGAUCCCCUCCAGAAGGAGAUUCUGCUUACUGGAAUGAAAUGUAUCUUUGACGACGUCGGCAUCUUCUGGACGCACCUGUCGAUGCAGGAGGUCUUUUACGCACUGACUGAAGGUGGUUGGCGGACUCAAGUGGUCUUGACGGCAACGAGAUGA